UUAACAUCUAAUUUUCUUUUUGUGUGCUUUACAAUAUCUUUUUUACAAAUUUAAAAUGAAAAAAUGGAAAAUUGAGCUGGUAGCAAAAUUAAAUACAAACAUUAGACCCUUUUGAAAAAGGAAAAAAAGGAUCGUACGUUACGUUGUUAUCUCCAAACUGUGGACCAAAACUGCAUAACGUGUUAAAAGGUGAGAUAGUGUAAAAGCAUUGAUCAAGAUUCAUGCAAUGGGAGGAGAAGGUGGUGCUGAGCCCGUAAUUCACUUUGUGUUUGUUCAUGGAGCCAGUCACGGAGCUUGGUGUUGGUAUAAACUCACCACUCUUCUCGACGCCGCCGGGUUCAAAUCAACCUCCGUAGAUCUCACCGGCGCUGGCAUCAGCCUCAUAGACUCUAACAUCGUCUUCGACUCCGACCAAUAUAACCGUCCUCUCUUCUCUCUCUUGUCCGAUCUCCCUCCUCACCACAAAGUCAUACUCGUUGGACAUAGCAUCGGUGGAGGAAGUGUCACCGAAGCUCUUUGCAAGUUCACUGACAAAAUCUCCAUGGCCAUUUACCUCGCGGCUUCCAUGGUUCAACCCGGAUCCAUCCCUUCUCCGCAUCUUUCAAACAUACAUGUGGGAGAAGAAGAUAUAUGGGAGUACACAUAUGGUGAAGGUACCGAUAAACCACCCACCGGAGUCCUCAUGAAACCGGAGUUUAUACGCCAUUAUUACUAUAGCCAAAGCCCUCUUGAGGACGUAACUUUGUCAUCUAAGCUGUUGCGUCCUGCUCCUAUGAGGGCCUUUCAAGAUCUUGAUAAGCUACCUCCAAAUCCCGAGGCCGAGAAAGUUCCUCGAGUUUACAUCAAGACUGCUAAGGAUAAUCUAUUUGAUUCUGUGCGUCAAGACCUUUUGGUGGAGAAUUGGCCACCUUCUCAGCUGUAUGUCUUGGAGGAUAGUGACCAUUCUGCUUUCUUCUCUGUCCCAACUACCUUAUUCGCGUAUCUCCUCCGUGCGGUUUCUUUUCUUCAACGAUAAACUUCAACUUAUCCUUCAUACAUUCCGAUCUAGAUAACAAACUAAUUGGGAAUAAUUAGAUGAUUUGUUUGGAAGGUGAUUGAUAUGAUAUUAUGAUUCUAUUAAGUAAUUUCCUUUAUGUUAUUUGAUUUGAGUUUGAAUAAGCUUUACAUGCGAAGCAAUCCAGGGUAAGAGAGAUAGAAAUCUCCUUGUAAAGGAAUGUUAUUUGUAUCCUUGGUUUCUUUUUGUCAAUAAAUCUAUCAUAGUAGCUAAGAUUAAUUAAGUUUCAUGGAGAAAAACUAUAUGGUGCUAUCUUUGUUUUUGAUGGAUGAGGUGAUAAAGAUAUCCUUGAACGACAACAUGAGGUGAAUACUAUGACAUGUCAUCUCAUUAUCUCAACACUAUGACAUGUCAUUAUCCUCAAGCUUUUAACAAUUUUUGUGACCCUUCGAUGCCUUAGCG